UAAAUUAUUAGUUUUGGCUGGUCACGUUUAGCUGCCACUGUCUUAGAUUUUGUAAAUCCAUGCACAAUGUAGUGAUGAGGAAUAAUGUUUUAUAUAUGGAUAUUCAAUUCAUCAGUCAAUAUGUCUGUUAUCUCUAAAAGUAAUGUCUUAUUAUCCUCAAAGCAGGUACUGCUCACACUCUGCCACACACUUGCAUAAACCUAGUUUGGUAUGUAAUAAAAUAAAUAGCAGAAUCAUACAAAAUUAAUUCCCAAAAAAUUUCAAACAUCUAAUAAAUGAUAUCUUGUUCAGUUUGUUCUGUCUCCCUCAGAGGCAUAUUGAGCCCAGACUCCUGCUCUGACCAUGGAAGAUCCACUCCAUCUGAACUCAAUCCUUAACUUGACCACCAUCUCUACAACCGUCCCACUCAACGCCUCAGCCGGCGACUUGGUCACGAAUGCUACAGUCAGUCCCUUCAGCGUGUUUGAGGGAUGUGAGGAGAUGGAGCAGGGCAUCCUUUUCGACCUGGCUGUUCAGACAUUUAAUGUUGUACUGGGACUCCCUGCUAACAUCUUAGUCAUUGUGAUUCUGCUCCAUAACCGAAAGGAGCCGUCUUCCUCUGACCUCUUCCUGGGCUGUCUGGCCUUUAUGGAUGCUUACUUCGGCAUCAUGGUCCCAUUCAGCUAUCUCAACCUAUACUACUGGAACAGCAAGGAGGUCUGGUCUGCACUCAAGUUCUCCUACGGUGUCAAGGACACUAGCGGCCCUCUGUUCCUGUCCUGUAUUUGUUUGGAUCGGUUCGUGGCCGUGCUCUUCCCUCUUGCCUAUGGCCAGCUGAAAGCUGUCAAGUACAGGGUGGCACUUUCCAUGGGGGUCCUGACGCUCACCUUCGCUUAUGCCUCGGCCAAGACCAUCGGGGGGCUGCACAACUUUGAGAAGGUUUUCACAGGGGAGAUCUUAGCAGCGUUCUCCUGGAUGGUGUUGUGUAACGGGGCCAUCCUGAUGGCAUUGAAGAGGUCCCGCGGUGCCGGAAAGGACAGUAUGCACCCCAUGAAGAAAAAAGCCUUUAAAAUGGUGGUGUCAGUCCUGUCCAUUGUCAUUUUUAACUACCUGCCGCCGGUGGCUCUGUUCCCCCUUGAGGACCACUACCCUCCGGAUACGUUCCGCUGCCUGGUUCAGCCAGUGGGCUACGCCUUCCUCAACAUCAGCAGUAGCAUCCAGCCAAUCAUCUACCUCUCUCGUCUGGAGAAGGUCCCGUUUUGUCCCGAGACCUUUAGCAGAUGGUGCGGCUUCCCUAAAGUGAAGGACAAGAAUGUCAACGUGAACAUAAAUACUGCGUCCUUGGCUGCUUAAUGACAAAGGUCACCAAUAAGCAAAAAUUUGAUGUUUCUUUAAGUGCAGUUUUUAAACAUGUUACAGCUGGAAAAUGGAAGUGAAUAGCUGAGCAGUUAAUUAUGUUUUUAAAUAGAUCUGCACAGGUUAGGCAAACAUAUACACUGCCGUUCAAAUGUUUUGGAUCACUUAGAAAGCAAUUCUUUUGUCCAUUAAAUUGAUCAGAAAUAGAGUGUAGACAUUGUUCAUGAUAUACAUGACUACUGUAGCUGGAAACGUCUGAAUUUCGGUGGAAUAUACGUAGCCAUGCAAAGACCCAUUUUCAGCAACCAUCUCUCCUGAGUUCAAAUGACACAUUGUGUUUGCUAAUCAAUUCAUUUUAAAAGGCUGAUUGAUCAUUAGAAAAGCCUUUUGCGAUUGUUAGCCUCACUGAAAACUGUUUUCCUGAUUUAACUAUAAAACUGCCCAGUGCAUAACUGAGCAAGAGAACAAGUACAUUUAAGUGUGUGGUUUGAGAAACAGACACCUCACAGGUCUCAGCAUCAACAGUGAAGAGGAGACUCCGGGAUUUUGGCCUAUCAGGCAGCUGCAAAUAAAAAGCCAUAUCUCAGACUGGCCAAUAAAAAGACUAAAAUGGGCCAAACAGCACAGACAUUGAACAGAGGAAGGACUCUGCUUAGUGUUCAUGGUAUAUUAUUUUGUUUAAAGACAGUUUAGAAUUCUAUUUACAGUAUAUUUCCUCCGUCAGUCCUGAUAAUUAUAUUGAAACGAUCCGAAGAGGCGAGUGCUAAUGACUCAUUGUUCUGCACUGAAGGGGCUGUUGAAGUGUUUGUUUAGUUUACAACAGAACAUCUGUUUAUCCGUACACAGGAAGUCACGUUCAUUCAAAGCGCAACAGUAAUCAGCCAAUGGGCUUACAGUGCUGUAAUGUGUAUUCUGGGUUGCAUUGUGUAUAAAGUAGAGAUACGAUCGGAGGCCUCUUUGAGAUUGAGUGAGAUGACAUUGAGUCUGUAACAUCAUGAACAAUGGACUAUCAAAUGCUUCAAUAAAUAAUUGAAUGACUCUUUCCCUUGACGACCGGGGACACGAUCAUUAUCUAACCACUAUAUGAAACAGCUGAUUUCUAACAGGGUGCAAAGGACCAUGGGACAAUCAGAAACCAGCUCUUAAGCAGUAUUGUGUUUUUUUCAUGUUUAGUUAUUCUAGUUAAUACAGUACAUGUGGUUAUUGAAGUUAUGGGUUGUUUGUGUUCAGGGGAUUGGGACCGUGUGAAUUAAAAUGUGGUUACCGUGACCGAGCCUUACACGGCCGGGGUUCAUGUUCCUUGUUGAAUUGUGAAAUAAAGUGUGAUUUUUCCUGGGGUUGUGUGGUGUAGGAACACAGGAAUUGUAUAAAAUACCA